AUGUAUACCCACGAUCGUCGUGGUGCCGCCCACCAACGUCCGCUUUACGCGACUCCAGAUAGAGCGAGUGUAAGUUCACCUACCAGCGACCUCAAUGUGCCUGCUCGACAAUCCAAGAUCUGGCAGGACUUGCCACCGGGACUGGCGCGACUGCCCGAUGGCCGUCCUUUCGCCCCACACCAUGGUCUGAAUCCACCGCACGUGGCUUAUGGCUCUGUAGACCACGCCAGGCAUACGGGCUCCCUACAGGAAUUCUUCCAACAUGCCCACCAGCUCGCUGCUGAGCGUCGCCCGCCAACUCCACCUACCUAUGACGAUGACACACACGCUCUACCACUACGUUGUCCUGAUUCAAACUCAAGACACAUGCACAGGCUCCUGCCUAACCAGCAGCAGUCAAUGCAGUCCAGCCAUGUUUCACAGGGACUGCGACCAAGCUUCCGCGACCUGCUACCGCACACCCGUGAGUACCUGGCAUCAGGUCCGAAUAUUGUUUAUACGAACCAUCUGACAAUGUGGAACACCGACGGCACUGGAAGCAAUCGAGACGACCGAGUGGUCCAUGCCCAUUCACAUCAGACAGACCAGACCUUGUCUGCAGCGUGCGAUCGUCCGCCAGCUCUUGGCCUCUCAUCACAGCUAGACCAUGCACCCGCACAUGGAUCGCCUUAUGUAGCUCUCCCCACAACACAUUACGCGCUUCCGUCUGAACAUGACUAUUCGUGGCGGGCUUCUUCGAUUGCAUCGUCUCCCACCGUGAUGGAUCGCCAUGGCCAACUCUGCCAGACGCCUGUCGUUCAGCAAUGGCGCACUGACAACUUAGCCGGUAGGUUGAAGCGAAAACGGAACUGUGUUGGUGGGAUGGAUGCUGACCCUUUGAAAGCUCGAGCUCCAGUCAGGAUUGCUAAGAAGAAGCUUGACGCUUCGAGUCGGCGCAAGCAGGAGAUAUAUCGCCAGAAAGGCGAGGCUCGUAGACACACCAUCGCCGCAGGCAUGUCGGGACUCCAAGCGCCAGUCCACAUCCCACUGCCCACGCCUGGUCCACCUAGGGCGAAAGCCACUGCUUCAAGGAAACGCCGCAAAGUGGUACCAACUACCAACGCAACGUUGUAUGAAGACGUGCAGAAUCUGCGUUCGAGGUCAGCUUCCACAACACACUUUGACGUGCAUAUCGCCUCUGUAUCUGGUGCAGUGUCCCCCCGCCUUGAGGCUCUAGAUUACGACGAGGCAAUCGUGGAGCGAGCUGCUCCAACGCUGGAUGAAGUCCCGCAGCCUAUCGUCGACAAGUAUGAAGACUACAAGUGGCCCGUCUGCCUCUACGAGCUACAGCCUUGUCGAGGAUACGAUUUCGCAGAGCGCUGGCUCGAGCAACUCUUCGAAACCGGCCUGCAAUCCGAGUACCAGCGCCGGCGCUUCUCCCACGUCUCGAAGGGGUUUAUCAAAGAUGGCGGUCGACACUCUCUCCUCGUCCUCCACAACGCAACCAACCCGUUUGAGUAUGAACCGGCUCCCGACUCCACUGUCACCAUGGGCGUGUACGGCUACCACUGGUAUCGCCACGACGAGAUCCACUGGACGACGCUGGGUUCCGACCAGCGACAGCUUCUGGAACAGUGCGUCGAGAUGGAGUGUUUGCUGCUCAAGCACAAGUGGAGCGCCGGCACGGACAAGGCGGCGGAGAAGCGGUUCCAUCGCGCGUACUGGCUGGCGGCGAAUCGGCAGGAUCUGAAGGGCCUGCUCAACCGCUGCCCGUCGCACGACAAGCCCGAGGAUGUGGUUGAGGAGAAGAGCGCGGAGGACCCGGACGCGGAGUUUGGCAUCAGCGAGGCGGAUCUGACGAACGCGUGGGACGAAGUCAGCGAGGAGGCAUCAGCAGCGGCGUGGCUGGGCGUGCAGGAGGAAGUCGAGGCGCUGGACGAUGCGUGGGCUGUGCACGGCAGCGGAUGGCAGCACGUGGUGACUGGCAGCUCGGAGUGGUGA